GGCGCUCGAUAAACGUGAAUUGUAGAGGUCUCGUAGUCUCGCUGUGCUCACAGAAAAGAUCGCGUGAAUUUAUACAUAUCGUUCGUUGAAAUAAUGUAGAGUUUUAACAGAUAAUUGACGCCGAGUUUCCCCUUGUCUUCAUCUGUAUAUUCUGUAAAGUAAUAGGUAUUACUCUCCAAACAGCAAGAUGAUGUCUGAUCGAAAAGCUGAAUUAGAGAGAAAGAAGGCAAAGUUGCAAGCUAUCAGGGAAGAAAAGGAAAGGCGCAGGAGAGAAAAGGAACAGAAAGAUGUAGAAGAAGCGACUGUUCGUGCUGCUGGCACGGACAAGGAUCAGCGCAAAGAAAUAGAUGCAAUGUUAUCUUCCCUGGGUGUAGCACCAGUGUCAGAUGUAUUAUCUAGUUUGUCCAGUAUGAACUCAUUAACACCUGAACAAAGUGCCAAUGCAACACCAGAUGCCAGCUUACAACCAUCUAGCAUAAAUUCGGCUCAAAGCAGUGCAGGACGAAGAAAGAACCGGGAGCUUACCAUAGUUUCUGUGGCGCACACAAACAUUCCACCGAAAGAACCAGUCGUGUAUAGCAAGCAAACGCAAACCAUACAAACGACGCAUACAUCCCACGACGGACUGUCCACAUCGUCCUCUGCAUACACCAUCUACUCCUGUUCAACAACAACACCAACUCACUCUUGCUCCGCAGGCUACUUUGAGACUGACUGGUGGCGCCCCAGGAAAGGUGGGUCUGCACCAAACUACCUAUCUCAUGCAUUCGACUAUUACGACGAGUACAAUCUAAAUCCUGGUUUAGAAUGGGAGGACGAAUUUACAGUUUUGACAUUUGAUGAUGGCCAAGCCGAAGAUGAAGAAAAUAGCUUGCCGCACAUGGACGGUUUCCAAAGCAAGCUUCCUCCGGGAAUCCUUCCUCACGGGUUGCCACAAGUUAAGGAAGUCCAGCCUGCUGUCACACAAGUAGAACAAGAGAAAGAAAAGGAAAAACCUAAAAAGGAAGUACGUGAGCUCAGCGAAGAGGAGAAACAGAUGAUCAUUCUGUCGGAAGACUUCCAACGAUUCCUGGAUCGCACUAGCAGAAUCGUGGAGAGAGCACUGGGCGAAUCGGUCGAUAUUUACACUGAUUAUACCGGUACUAUGGACGGCGAGGAUGGAAUGGACGAAAAAAGUCAUCAACGGCUCUGGUUAAAUCGCUCGUUCAUCUGUGAACGAUGGUCGCGUAAUCGUUGUGUGACUUCCAUGGACUGGUCGCCACAGUUCCCCGAGCUUUUAGCAGCCUCGUAUAACAACAACGACGACACGCCGAACGAUCCCGAUGGAGUGUGCUUAAUCUGGAACACGAAAUUUAAGAAAACAACCCCGGAGUUUAUCUUUCACUGUCAGUCGCCGGUUAUGUCCACCACGUUCGCCAGAUUCCAUCCAAAUUUGAUCCUGGGCGGUACCUACUCAGGCCAGAUCGUACUUUGGGACAACCGAGUGCAAAAGAGAACUCCCAUACAACGUACUCCCUUAUCCGCCAGCGCGCACACUCACCCUGUGUAUUGCUUGAGCGUCGUUGGCACACAAAACGCACACAAUUUAAUCAGUAUCUCGACGGAUGGAAAAUUAUGCUCGUGGAGCUUGGACAUGCUAUCGCAGCCGCAGGAGGCGUUGGAACUGCACACGAAACAAUCGAAAGCGAUCGCUGCCACGUGUUUAGCUUUCCCACACGGCGAUGUGAACAAUUUCGUCAUGGGUAGCGAGGAUGGGACUGUUUACUCUGCUUGCCGGCAUGGUAGCCGCGCAGGAUUGACAGAAACUUACGAAGGACAUCAAGGGCCAGUUACCGGUAUCAGCGCGCACGCGGUACAAGGCGGAAUAGAUUUCUCACAUUUAUUCCUAACGUCUUCCCUUGACUGGACGAUCAAACUGUGGAGUCUGAAGGAGAAUAAGCCACUAUACUCCUUCGAGCACAACGGCGACUACGUCUACGACGUUGCCUGGUCACCGACGCAUCCGGCGCUAUUCGCCGCGGUCGAUGACUCUGGCAGGCUGGAUUUGUGGAAUCUGAAUCAGGAUACAGAGGUACCUACUGCUAGCGUCGUCGUUGAUGGAUGUCCAGCUUUGAAUCGAGUUUCAUGGACACCAAGCGGAUUGCACGUCACUGUGGGUGACGAUACUGGUAAAAUAUGGGUCUAUGACGUCGCUGAGCAUCUAGCUCACCCGCGAAUCGACGAGUGGAAUAAGUUUUUGUACACGCAACAAGAUCUGAAGAACAACAAGGCGGACGAAGAACUGGAUAAGUUGAACCUUAGCUCUGGUCCAUCGUCGUUGACAUCUAUGACAUCUAUAUCGUCGGUUCCUCUGAGAUAAAGACCAUAAUUUUUUUUUAAUUAUCUAAUGGUUUUUCCCUGAAACCUAUCAAAUUUAUCGUAUUCGCAGUCGUAUAAGAUAUUAAGAAAAAUUUGGUUAUUGCUUCGAUGAUUAUUAUGUGUAAUAUCGAGCAAUUAGUAGACAAUUUUCUUAAUGGCCUUUGCUAUUAACAAAGCUUGGCUAUAAUGAAAUGACUUUUAAUGCUUUAAAGUUAUGCAUAUUAUUAAAUGUUACAUUGGUCAUAAUUCUAUAAUAGAAAACUAUAUAUAUCUUUAACUGAUACAACAAGAUAUUAAACAGAUAUAUUGGAAUUGUAUGUAAUCUACAUGUAAAUAAUAUUUUAAUUCUGUUUUGAAGUUUUUAGAAAUAAUUUGUGGAUAAAAAUUGUAUGUUUCGCAAUAAUUUAUCGGUAUAAUCUGAGAAUGUAAUAGUGUAUUACAAAUAGUAUAAUGCAAAUAGCAUAUAAAAUGCCAAAUUUUAUUUUAUAUGCCAAAAGUACUCAAAGAUAAACCUGGAAAAUUAGGAAAAUGUUCUCUAAAUAUAUUUGUUGUAAUAUACUCAUUAAGCAUGUUAAUACAAUUACAUAAUUCAUGAUUCAAAUAA